ACUUUUCUUUCCUUGCAUGUCUGCAUUUGUUUCUGCUUCAUUUAUAUCUUCCUGUGUAAGAAAAACUGCAUCUUAACUCGCCGCCAAAGUUCACUCAAGUAACCACAAGUUCACCGAUAUAUAUAUGAGAAGCCAUCUUAAUUCCUCUACCAACAAACAAGCUCAUCUCUUCUUCCUAAAAAGUCUCAAGCAAUGGCCUACAAACUUCUUUCUUCUGUCCUUGCUAUGGUUUUUCUCUUUACCAUUUUGCUUGCUGUAGCUGAGCAAGUGAUUGGAAUCCGUGACAUUGGUAAAAUGCCCAAGAAUGUGGAUGUCAAACAGCCUGAGUGGUUUAUUAAACCUGACCACAACGGGGUCAUCCCAGGCAUUGGCCCUGUGGUGCUGCCACCAGGAUGUAAGUUACAUCCCUUCAGUCCAUAUGGUGGGAGUGUAGGAACUGGACCAGGCAGUUUAGGAGCAGGGUCAGGCAGUGGACGCAGCAUAGGAGCUGGGUCAGGCAGUGAUGGAGGCAUAGGAGCUGUGCCAGGUAGUGGAGGCAGCGUAGGAGCUGGGUCAGGCAGUGAUGGAGGCAUAGGAGCUGCGCCAGGCAGUGGAGGCAGCACAGGAAAUGGGUCAGGAAGUGGUGGAGGAAUAGGAACCAGGCCAGGCAGUGGUGGAGGAAUAGGAUCCGGGUCAGGCAGUAGCUAUGUUCCAGGUGGUGAUGAUACAUUUAUCCCAAAUCCUGGGUUCGAGGUCCCAAGUCCUGGCAGUGGUGGUCAGGUUCCAGCAGAGCCUCAUCCAUGAGUAUGUUCAAUCAUCAAAUUCUGGAAAUAAGCACGACAGAUGCAGAUGCCAUAGCCUCUUUGAGGACAAGGCCUGAGUCUAUUUUGCUCCUUAAUUCUAGAAAGCAUUUCCUAGAUGUAUUUCUUAGUCAUUAUGAUGCUGCCUGAAUCUAUUUUACUUUCUCAAAGUGUCAGUUUGUAGUAGCCCACAAGCCCAUAUAAUAUAAAGCAGUAGAUGCAUGCUCAAAUCUGAAA